UUCUCCGGGGCUCCUAAAGCCCAUUCUCGGUGAAAAGAGGGAAUAGGGUAUCCUGUGGGUCACGAGAGGUCUCCACCUCAGGUGACCAGACACGAAGAGAGCAUCCAGAGCAUUCCAAUUCUUUCUUUCCUCCUUAUCUCCUCCCCCAUUCCGUCUUCCCAAUACACACCUACUCUCAUACACUCACACACACGGGCGCGUUUGGGAGCAGGAAAGGAGACCCACUCCCCGCCAUCCACACACGAACACGCACGCCCUCGAGGCCAUCCCAGCUUCCUGCGAGCCCUGCACUGUCCAAUAGCCUCGGGGCAGGGCAAGCUGAACAAGCCGGGACAGCCCCAGCCAGGGUCCCCGCCCUGUUCCCGGUUCCUUUGCCUGGGUAAUCCAUUGGGCCCGGGGCUGGGCCUUUAUAUGCCUCCUGAGCCGGCCCGGCGCAGCGGCUUUCUUUUCCACCUUCAGUCCUCCUGCAAUAGCACCAUUAGCUGCAUCAGCGGCAAAAGCAGCAGGAGCUGCUCGCGGGCACUGGGGGGGGGAAGGGAAGGGGGAGGGCCUCAUCCUGCCAGCACCGCUUACUCAGCCUUGCUCCCCUCUUCCUGCCCCCCAAUCCUUCCCCCCGGUCCUGUCUUGUCAGGUCAGCGCCAAGUGUGUGUGCGUGUGUUUGUGAGUUGCGCGUGUCUGGGUGUGUGUGCGCGCGCGCGCGCGCCCGUCCGCCAGCGCUGCGCCCGCAGAAGCCCCAGCUGUGAGUGCCGGAGCCCGGCUCCGAACCUGGGUCUCCCCCUCCCCCAGGCAGCGGAACCCGGGUAUCCCCACCUUCCCCUCCCCUUUCCCCCUCCCCCGGGCCCCCCGGCUCCCGCGGCGGUGCAACAAGAUGGCGGGAUCGGUGGCCGAGAGAGACGAGGUGAAAUUAGAGGAUGGGCAUUUAAACAACUCCUUGGGAUCUCCUGUCCAAACAGAUGUGUACUUUCCGAGACUGAUAGUACCAUUUUGUGGGCAUAUUAAAGGUGGGAUGAGGCCAGGCAAGAAGAUCUUAGUGAUGGGGAUUGUAGACCUCAACCCUCAGAGUUUCGAGAUCAGUUUGACGUGUGGAGACUCCAAAGACCCUCCUGCAGAUGUGGCCAUUGAACUUAAAGCAGUAUUUACAGAUAAACAGCUUCUCAGAAAUUCAUGUAUAGCGGGAGAAAGAGGUGAAGAACAAUCAGCAAUUCCUUAUUUUCCUUUCAUCCCAGACCAACCAUUUAGGGUGGAAAUUCUUUGUGAACACCCACGAUUUAGAGUAUUUGUGGAUGGACACCAACUUUUUGAUUUUUAUCAUCGAAUUGAAACACUGUCUUCAAUUGACACAAUAAAGAUCAAUGGAGACCUCCAGAUCACUAAACUCGGCUGACUUUGGUGCCCAGAUCAUCGUCCCUAUUCCAUAUAGGAACAGAUGCCAUCCUGGAUUGUCUGGAAAAGCUAUCCUACCAGGAUAUGGAGACUUAACAAAAACAAAACAGACAAACAAAAAGACAAGCUUCCCAGUCUCUUCUCUGUGUGCAGUUUAAACCCAAAACGAGGACUUGAACCAUGGCUUACCCUCAUGAAGAAAGCUUUGGGGUAACAGACUGAGCCGUUGUCCUGGAACAAAGUAAUACAUUUAUGCUGGAUUUUGUUCCUAUCAAACUAGAAUGGGUUUGGGGUCGUUUGUGGUUUGGGGCUAAAUUGGCAGCAGUAUAUUCAUCUUUCCUUUACAGAAGAAUGUCUGCAAACAAAAGUGCUAAAUAAUAAUAAUAAUUUUAAACACGGUACACAGAAAAGUUUUCUUUUGUGCAACCAUUGUUUCUGCACUGAAGUAGAUUCAUGUAGCACAACCAAUAACAUUUUAGUCAGGGUAUUUACAUAGAAUGUAGGUUGUUCAAGUUUUUUGCACAGCAUAAUACAGUUUUUAAAGCUUUCUUGUAGUUUAUUUAUUUAUACUCAGUAUAUGUAUUAGAAAAAUAAGCAAUUUUAUUGAGUACAGAGAACAGCGAGUCAUGAAAUUUUGAAUGUACAAAUAACUUAGGUCCAUGGGAUAAAGUAAACUUUUAUCAUUUUUGGAACAUAUACAGUUCUGUUUGAAUAAUUGAGUUCUGGUGGUGUCCUUUACACCCCUAAAAUUAAGCUCCUUUGGAAUAGUUGCUAUUAAUACUCUGGGGGGGGAGGCUUUGCAGUAAUUUAAGUAAAAUUAUUUCCCAUGUUAUUGGUCAUUACAUUUAACUACAUUUAUAUUGAUUUCGCUCCUUUCUGUGAAUCAACAUGAUACAUAAUAGGGCUUUCCAAAGGAUAAAUUCCUAUGUUUUCCUGGAAUUUAUACCAUGGCUCAUUUUAUAAUUGUUCAGUUAAUUGAAAAUACUUAUAAAAUGAUUGCAAAGACAAUUUUUUAAAAAGUACUUUACAGGGACUUUCAGCAUAUGAUGAAGAGGGUAUUUGUGACAUGAUAGAUAGCAAAUUAAGAUUACCAAGAGAACUUUCUGGAUUUUGAAAUAAGGUUAACAAUUUUUAUGCUGUACUAACAACAGCUGCCAAAUUUCAGAGUUCAGAACACAGAUCUCCUUUCUUUUAUCACUCUUAGCCAUUUCCCUAACCAGUGCCUCUGCUCUGGCUCAUCCGUUCCAGACUGACAGAAUUGAUUAUCUUCUCUCUCAACUGAUUCGUGCAGGGGGAAAGACUAAGAUUGAGGUUGGAUCCCAACGAAGUAAUUUUAUUUCAGAGAGUUAAUUAACAAUGUCAAAUUUGUGGAUAGUUUUAGGCCCAGCAGAAUUUUGGUACCAUGAGCUGGCUGAGCUGAUGAACAGGCGUGGUUUCUCCAGGGAGAGGUUUAUGCAGGGAAGGUGUAAGGCUUGGACUCGAGUUUCACCUUCCUAGGCUGUGCUGGUGGCAUUGGUUAGAACUUCAGCUUUAAUAAGUGUCCCUGGGAGAGCAGAGUGUGGCGUGGGAGGAGCUGGAAGACUUCAUUUUGACUCCCACUCUGUUAUCUGUGUGGCCUUGGGUUCUUAUCUGGCCAUAAUAAGGGGGUGUUGGACCAUAUGGAUCAUGGUCUAUAUGAUCCCUUCUAACUCCAAAAUGUAAUGAUCCUAAGAUUGGCUGGGGGAUGGGGUAAGGGUAGGGGUGGGGGAGGUGUAUUUAUAUAUAGUUCAGAUUUUGUUGGUAGAAUACUGAGUCUUGUUACAGUCAUGUUUGCUUUUUAGUUAUUUACACAGCAUGCAGACAUGGAAAUGACCAGGUUAUUUCCAUUUGUCAAAAGAAGGUAGACAGUGUUUCAGUACCAAAGUACAAUCUUUAAAAAAAAAAAAAAAUCUUUCUUUAAAAAAAGAAAGAAAAUCACAAUCAUGAGGUUUGAGGAUUCUUCCCUAUCUCAGAAAGUGUCUAACACAGUCUCCCUGUGUUUCUAUAAGAAAACUCUAUCCCCCCUCGCAUCCACUUUUGCUCUAAAGAAUUUUGCAUACUAGUUUGUUUCUACUGCUUUGAUCAACUUUUUUCACUUUUGAGAAGUAUAAACCCACCUAAUUCUGAAGAGAGUUUGUAGGUGGAAAUCUAUUUAUAGCAUCAAUGGGCUCUGCUCAUCAUUAAAUCAUCACUUUUAGAAGGUAGCCCACCAGAUUCAUAAUUCAGCAGAAAAUAGAGGGCACUUAAGUGUAAGGCUGAAAACAACUCAAUUCUGCCUACUUAUCACUGAACCAAUUAACAGGUCUUUAGACAGCUUAACAGCAAAGGUACAGUGUUAACCCUUUCAUUUCAAUGCAGAGAAGGCCUUGAGAGCCCAUAAUAAGCCUUUUCAGGAAUGCAUGUUAGCUGUGAAGAGAGCUUGAUUCAAGUGCUGCUAAAUUGUAAGAUGAAUAAUCCUGUGGUUUUAUUCGUUUUUUUAGCUGCAACUUAAAAGUAAUUUUCACCUCUCAUCCUUCUGUGAAGUCUAAGGUGAGAGAUGAAGAUGAGAAAUUACAAUUUAAAACUUCACAAGAAAAUGUAGGCAGUUAAUGAACCAGAGCUCUCAUUCCCAACAUGAUUAAAAUCAUCUCAAAUAUCAGAAUUAGUCUAUUCAAAGAUAAAGUUUUACCAGUGAUCCUUACCCUUCUUUAUGUCAUGAACCACUGGCAGUUUAGUGAAACUUAGGGACUCCUCAGAAUAAUUUUUAAUGGCAUAAAAUAAAGUAGAAAGUAUUAAAAAAAAAAAAAGAGAGAGAGAGAGAGACUAUUUGUAUUGAAAUACAAGUUACCUAAGUAUUUUUAAAAACAAAUUUACAUAUCCCUAAGUAAAAACUCCUGCUUUAGACAAUCUCUUGUUUCCUUCUUACAAUAUUGUGUCCGUCAAACGGAAUUGAAAUUUGUGUCCACUCCUUAGAGUUAUCUAAGGAAUUUAUCUUUAAGAUUUUAUUUUGGACAUGUUUCUAAUAAAGGUAACCUUCAUAUAGAACUCCUGAUAAGGUUCCCUCAUAAAAUUGAUAUAAUGAUUUUCAUUUUAUUCAAAUCACCCUUCCCCCCCAAAGCAAAAAAGGGAAAGAGAUAUGUUGCCUUGACUGAAACAGCCUUGACAUUCUUAAACAUUCAUUUUGAGAUAGUAUUCCUAUAAGAGAUUUUCAAAGAAACACUUUCUUAUUUUCUGCGUGGUGUAAAAUGUUGCUAAAUGUGUUAUCUUAUGUCACUGCUGAAAAUUAUUUGCACUAAAAUAAAAGAGCAUUUUGUACAAA